GCCAUCAUGAGCAAAGCUCACCCUCCCGAGUUGAAAAAAUUUAUGGACAAGAAGUUAUCAUUGAAAUUAAAUGGUGGCAGACAUGUCCAAGGAAUAUUGCAGGAAUUUGAUCCCUUUAUGAAUCUUGUGAUAGAUGAAUGCGUGGAGAUGGCGACUAGCGGACAACAGAACAAUAUUGGAACGGUGGUAAUACGAGGAAAUAGUAUCAUCAUGUUAGAAGCCUUGGAACGAGUAUAAAUAAUGGCUGUUGAG